GGGCAUUAUAAUGCAAGGGACCUCCUUUUUUUAACCACAAACCGAAUUUUCGUUCAUUUAGACGAUAUAUACUUUUUAAAUUGCCCCAAAGUUGUAGGGUUUUUUUGGAGCGCCUUUCGCCCUGGAGCGGUACGCGAUGCUUUCUCACGCCGACCUCCUGGAUGCUCGGCUCGGUGAGUUAUCAUCACUAAACUCCGGCCCUAAACUCCAGUGGAUGAAGGAUGCUGCAGAGUUACUCGGACACCGAGAGGCUCUCAAGUGCCGGCUGGGUGGUGGGGUGCCAGACCAGGGGCAUCCGGGAGACAUGGCCCCUGGUUCAGACUCUGUAGAAGGAACCACUCUCCUGCCGGGAGAAGACAUCGCCACUGUGGGAACCAACUCUGCCGGCAUGCCGGUGAACGGGAAGGAGCAGGAGAAGCAGCAGCAGCAACCGCAGCAGAGCUCCGGUCAGACCUCCAGCCAGCAGAAACAGAAGCGGCACAGGACGCGCUUCACCCCGGCGCAGCUCAACGAGCUGGAGCGCAGCUUCGCCAAAACCCACUACCCUGACAUCUUCAUGAGGGAGGAACUUGCGCUGAGGAUCGGUCUCACCGAGUCCAGAGUUCAGGUCUGGUUUCAGAACAGACGCGCUAAGUGGAAGAAAAGGAAGAAGACCACCAAUGUUUUCCGCUCCCCGGGGACGCUGCUCCCAACACCGGGCCUGCCACAGUUCUCUGCCGCGGCCGCCAUGGAGAACAGCCUGUGCUCCUUCCACGCCAACGACUCUCGCUGGGCCACGGGGAUGCCAGGGGUGUCCCAGCUGCAGCUCCCGCCGGCCCUGGGUCGCCAGCCGGGAAUGCCACAGUCUCUGUCACAGUGCAGUCUGGGUCCAGGCCCGCCACCAAACUCCAUGGGUCUCUCCAACGGCCUGUCCUCCAACGGCUCCGGUCUGCAGUCCCACCUCUACCAGUCGCAUUUCCCUGGAAUGUCGGCCUCUCUCUCCGGCCCCACGAACGUAACGGGCUCCCCGCAGCUGUGUAGUUCCCCGGACAGUGACAUGUGGAGAGGGACAAGCAUCGCGUCACUGCGGCGCAAAGCGCUGGAGCACACAGUGUCCAUGAGUUUCACUUAGUGACUUUUCAAAUACACGCCACCACACCCCUCUCCUCCAAACUCCCUCUCCCAGCCCAGCCCUGUGGCUCUUUUUCUGUUUUUAUUCCCGCUAUUUAGAUCAAAACGUGAGAGCGAGCGAGCCAAUCAGGCCUGAAAAUGUGAGAAAAUGGAGACUGUAUGUGACUUCAUCUAGACAUAAUGACGAAAAGAAAAAGGACAACACUGAUGGACAAAUGGAAGGAAAAAAAUAACUUGGGUUUGGGGUUAUUUAUCUUGUUAAUUCAAAAGGAUUUUAUCAACUAUUGAUGAUAAAUACUAUUGUAAUGAUCUCUAGACUAUAGGCCCUAAUUACUGGGAGCCAAACAAUCGUCGUAUUUACGUUUUCACUGAGUGUGUCUUUACGCACACAUGUUAUUGUGUUCAGGUGAAGUUGUGUUAUGUCAAACGGUUAUUUAUAAGAUUGGGUAUACAUUUUGGUAACAGCCUACCAGACACGCACCAUACUGUAGGUGGGCCUAUUGAACUGGGUCUCAGGCAUGCACUGUGCAUGUGGAUUUAAACGCUUGGAUAAUUUAAGGAGAAAAUGGUGCCCACUCAGAUUGAAGAGGUACCUUUGUUAGGCGACCCCAGUCUCGUCUGCAUGAGACGGGAACAUAAAAUCUAAAGAGGAAAAAAAUGCAAUGAUCUUUCAGUAGGCCUACUCUGUUUUAGGAUGUUUUGUGUAGAUAAAACAUUCUUGCUAUGUACCCGCUGGUCUUUUUUGUGACAUGUUUUAACUUAUUGUAUGUGCUAUUACUUGACACAUUUCUUAAAUGUUUGAUCUUACAUCGAAAUGCACCACAUUGACGGGUUUGUACCAAUUUAAAAUGAAGAAACAAAUAAAAGUAAUUUUCAAGAA